CAGAUCGUCUCUUUCUUUUUUCAGCGCGUGAGCGCAUAUCCCGUGGUUUUCUGCAGCAGGUUCCCAAGCCGCUGUCAUUGGCUCGUCUCGCCCGCGUUGCACUUCUGCAGUUCGUAUCCAUCAGAUUGCGCGACUCGUAAAAAAUGAGUGGACGCGGAAGAGGCUCUUUUGGCGGCCGUGGAGGAGGCAGGGGAGGACGGGGAGGCUUCGGCGGACGAGGUGGCGGACGCGGCGGCGGACGCGGUGGAUUCUCUGGAGGAGGCUACAACCAAGGCCCUCCGGAGCAGAUUGUCGAGGCUGGCGAAGUGAUGCAUGCGUGCGAGUCGCAACUGGUCGUCAAGGGCACUCUCUCUCAACAAGUUCCCUACUUCAACGGGCGGGUGUUUCUGGAAAACAAAGAAGAAAUUGGAAAGGUGGACGAAAUCCUCGGCCCCAUCAAUGAAAUGCUUUUCUCUGUUCGCUUGAACGAAGGUGUGAAAGCCGCAUCUGUCAAACCGAAAACCAAGUUCUACAUCGACUGUCAGCAGACGCUGCCUCUUAGUCGCUUUCUCCCCAAGCCUCCGGUUGCCAAGGGCCAGAAGAAAGAGGCCGGUGCUGGCGGACGCGGAGGCGGUCGUGGAGGUCGAGGCGGCGGUCGUGGAGGCUUCGGGCGCGGCGGCGGCGGCAGGGGCGGCGGCGGCAGAGGCGGCGGCAGAGGAGGUUUCGCCUCCAGAGGCUCGUUUGGCCGUGGAGGAGGCGGCGGACGGGGUCGUGGAGGCUUCAGCAGAGGGUCGUGAUGGCCCGCGGUGCGUUCUUGGGCGCCUUUUGGAGGCAUGCAGAGGGCAUGGCCAGCUCUGGAAAAGUAGUUCGGAAGAUCUCCGAGAACAAGGAGGCUCGCAGUCUCGCGAAAAAGCAUGCAUCAGAGGCAGUGUUUUGGUCCGUUGUUUGGGGCUCUUUUGAUGGUUUGCGGUGUGCUCCACUGUUGGUCCGCCAUCUUUUGUCUGAUCUCUCCCGUCCCUUGUGUUCAGAAGAAGCUGCGUUUUUCUCGGCAGUGGCUAGCUAGUCGCGCUCGCGCGAAGAGCCGGCGUACGUUCGACUGCGCCCUCUCUUUCUCCAGCGAUCGGUGUCUUUCUCUCUAGUUCUGGUCGCUCCUUGGUGCGAAAGUCGGGCAAUCCUGUGAACCAAAACUGGAAACGAAAACUGUCAAGACCUCGCAGGUGUCUC